CUUCUAAUUUCCAGCACGCAUCCUAACUUAGUUUAGUUGCGUUCACUGCCACAUGUACCGAGGUACAGCGAAAAGCUUUAUUUUUGCUAGCCUUCCAGUCAAAGAUACACGACCACGAUCAAGCAUCUAUAGUGCACAGAUACUAUCUCUUGCUUUCAUUUUUCUGUACUUGUUAAUCUGGUUAUUGUAAAUCCCUGCCUGGGGCUAGAACACUUAUUGCCAUUCAGCCUCCAUGGGGAAUGGGGAGGGCACAAUUAGAAUGUUAUUUUAACUCACACAACUUCUGCAAAGUUUUCUGAUUUAUUCAGGAAGGACAGCCCACAUUUAAUUCGCUUCUUCUUUUGUCAGCCACGUGACGUGAGUGUGCCUCGGUGGUGGAGGAGACGAGAGCAGUGUUCUUGUGCUUCGACAUGGAUUACACGGACUGUUUCGUGAUUUGAUGGGGGAGAUGGAGGUGUUGGCGUUUGGCAUCUAAACACUGCACACUACAGUGGAAUUUGAAUCGCCUGGCAUCAGCGACAAAUGGAGAGGGAUAUGGAAAGACCAAAGCAGCAUCUGGAAACCAAGGAACCAAUGGACAUCAAAGCCAUGGAGACUCUGGAAAGGCAAAUCUCUGAUUACCUGCACUCACUCCCAGCUCUCACAGAGGAAGAGAAACAGAAGUCAUGGAACAACCUCAUCUCCCUCUUCCUCCAGAUUUUUGACAAUGUCUCAACUAAUUGGAUGGUGAGGUUCCCAAGCAUCCUCCCGUUCUCCACGGAAGCUUCCAGAAUGUUGGUGCAAUCUAUCAACAAGAAGCUUGCUGAAAGAUCAGGAGGUGAGGCAGCUGUCAAUGUAGAGACAUAUCUCCGAUGGAAACAAGAUGAAGGUGACGGUGAAGGGUGGAAGUUACUGCGAACAGUACACCUUUUAUCAACAGUGGACUCAGAAACACUGAAAAACAUGGUGAAUACGGGACUUCCCUUAGUUCUUCUAAAAUGCAUACAUCUCUUCUUUACUUUUUCCCCUGAAAAUGAUGCUGAGAUACGGGAAGAGAAAGCCCAAGACAAGAGUACGGGUUUCCAAGAAACCAUAACACAUGUGAUGGUAAACCUGUGCACACAGAUGUCGGCUGUGGAGGCAAUGAUACAGAAUGAUGAUCUUGGAAAUCUCAUUGUGACGGUGGUCUCCCAAUGGGACCUGUGUUCUUCCUGGAGAAAGUACACUGCUCAUGUGCUACGGGCUGUCUCAAAGACCCCCACGGAAAAUACCGUCAGGUACCUCCAUGACAACAGCUAUAUGAAGUGCUGCAUUGAAAGUUUAUCGGCGAUGGCAGGCAGAUCUUCCGUCUAUGUGGCAGCUCAAGCAGCAGUCAAUGUCUUCUGUUUUGUGAACGAUUCAUAUCGGGUUUCUGGAGAGUUGCUCGCUGACUUUGAAAAGAAUGAGGGAUACGAACUGCUGACUAUGCUGCUGCUUGGGUUUGAUAAAGAACUAGAAAAGGACGAAGAGAAGUCUUUGGAAGAACUAGUUGACUUUUUGAGUUCACUCACGACCUAUGGAGAGAAGGAACUAAAGGUGAUGCCCUCUGUUACAGGCUCACAGUUCCCAGGAUUUCAGUUUCAACAACCACCAAAGUCAGGUACAACAGUGAAAAACCUCCAGGCUUUCAAAGUUUUGCAAACAGUUUUUCUAAAUUCUAAUUGUUCCCACGUCUCAUCAAUCGUCCUGGAUCGAAUCCGAAAGAUCUGGAUCUGGAACAAAGCCAAUUUCUUCCUUCUCGAAUGGACGCAGCAAGUAUUCUUUCAGUUUGCUGAGGCCAUAUACCUUAAGUCCGAGGCCGUGCAGACUCAGUACUUUCAAAUGCUGCGUUUUGUGGUGUUCGAUCUGUCCUACAUACCCCAUGAUGUAUUUUCAAGAGUUCAGGCGGUCAUUCGAGAGAACCUCUCUCCAGUGUGUGCCUUGCUGGCUCUGGAAUGUGUCCUGGACAUUUGCAAGUUUGACCCUCUCCUCUCCAUCGUGUUCCGGGAAACUCGCCUGCUGGAGAUGCUCCUCACGCAGCUUCAACGGCAGGGAAAGAUGCUGAGGAAAGCAGGGAAGAGAGGACCUUCAGAUGAACAACAACACCAGAAAGAGGCCUUAAGUUUGAUGUUGAAAGUUGUGGCGGUUAUGCUCCAAGGCUCCGUGAAAAACAUUGUGAUUCUUCGAGAAAAUGGGAUGAUCCCCUACAUCAAGAUCUUCCUUGAUGACAAGUGUUAUCGCAGCCAUGCCCUGGCCAUCUUGGAGCAGCUUUACAUCGUCAAUGCGGAGGAGUACAUGCGCGUUGUCAUCGGGGUGCUGUGUUCAGCCACGCGGGGUGAAUUCAUGCUGAAAUUUGACCUUCUGCAGUCUAUGUUGAAUGUUCUCGGAUCGGCAAAGGCUUCGUCCGCUUUCAGGACGGCCGGUGGAUUCAACGCCUUGCAGUCCGUGUUGGCGGACAUGGAAGGAGCACUGUGUGACGCCCCCUCCGGCCAGUGGGUCUCUGUGGAUCUGACCGACAUCUGGGACCUGAUCGAGAUGACCCUUGGCACUCUCACAGUUGCCAUGCACUCUGACCCCGUCAACAGCUACUUCUUCAGAGCCCAGGGCCACUUUGACAAAAUGACCGAUGACUUCAGGCUCUUUGGGUGCUUCAGCAGCGGAGGGGAAAGGUUAUGUUCUCCCCUGGACGUCAGUGGCUGCAGAAAGUUUAAGGAAUGGCUGGACUUGGCGUACAAUCCCACCGAGGACGUUCCACCCUCUCUGAGGAAUUGUGUGAAGAUAUUUGGAUUUCUGGAUCGAAUGGCGAAAGACAUGUCUUCUCCUCAUUGGCCUUCAGGGACAUUUCAUCCUCCAAAUCCCAGUGGAUCGACCAACCAAAGAGACAUUGAACUUCUCUCUAGAACUCACCAAAAUACAUCUGAUGCCAGUGAAAAGAACUCGGAGCCACCGACUGCUGGUCAUGGUGAAGAUAGGUUUCCAGCAGACCCUGUGAUAGUUCAUCCAGGAGCUAUAUGUGUCAUGCUGCAUCUGUUACCAGAUAUGAACUGCAAAGAAAACCCGCAGCUGUCCCGGGAGCUGCAGUACGCAGUAAGUGAUUACAUUCUAUCGCUUGUCAAAACGGAACGCUGCCGCCAGACCAUGUGUGGCUCUGACCUCCUGAAGAUCUUGGUCAACUGCUUCAAGGAGGUUCUGGCUGACAAUUACAACCCCCUGCACUUUCCGCUCAUUAGGAUCUUUGAGAAGCUGGCAUGCCAGGCCAUUGAUCCACCUGUACUCAGAGAGUUCUUGCGACUUGGUGACCCGCUGAACUGUGGGAUUGGAAAGCCCAAGAUGGGCGCUUCAUCGCGCAAAGAUCAGCCUUCUCUGCCCUGGCAUCAGAUUGACACCAAUGAGCUGGGCCGGAGGAGAAGCCAUACCCGGAGAAGUUCGCUCGUCGCAAGGAACAGGCCACUCCUGGCUUACAGUCUAUCCCGCCUGCCGAAGUACAUGACCAUCCCUCGGCACCGGGUCAUGAGCCUGGUCUCCGCGAUGUCUUCCCGACACUUCCAUGCAGCCCGGCUGACCAUCGCACCGUCCUUCACCGAGUUUGACAUGUCCACCAUUGGCCACGGGUGCUAUUUCCUGCCCACAGUGGCCACAAUAUUGGGUUCCAAUGCGGACUCUCCAAUUGUUGGUGGGAUUGGGAACGGUUCGCGGGGGUUCCCACCACCUGCCGGCCUGGCGCUCUCCACGUGGUUCAUGGUUAACAGCUUCAGUUCUGCUUUCGAUGCCCACCCUGUACGACUGCUGACGCUCUUCCGACACAUGUCGAAGAUGGAGAGGGACUACACCUGCCUGUCCGUCCGCAUAUCAGCACCGGAGCAGCUGCUGGUCAUCUCCACUCACGAGGAAAUGUUUGAACCUUUGGCCCGCAAACAGCCGUAUCGUAUCUCAAAAUGCUUCCUGACAAUGUUUAGUUUAUCAUUGUCAUGUCCGUGGAGGGACUGGAUAGGCGACAUUUCCAGAAGGAACUCUUCCUCCGAUUUCUUUGACCCAGCCGUCGCAUGUCCAUUCCCUCCACAGACACUGCCUGACCCACUGAGUUCCUCCCAUACCUCGUGCCUUGCUCAAAAUUCCAGCAUCUGCAGUGUCUGUUGCGAAAUAAGCCAACUGUUUACUCUGACACUUGUGUUACUAAAGCCAUCUGAACUAUUCUUCUUGACGUCCGCUUCAGACUGGAGUGAUUCUGAGCAGGCCCAGCAGCCAUCCGCACUAACCGCUGUGGAGUUCGACGUGGCCAAGUACUUGGCCAUCGGUCAGUGGCACCACUUGUCUGUGACACUGACCAAGGAUAGUCGAAGACACAGUGCUGUUGUCGCCUACCUCAACGGGAAAGUGAUCGGAACGUCUAAGAUGCAGUAUAUCCAGACGUUCCCUGGAAUGCAUUUUACUUUGGACUCAUCGGCUGUGGUCGAUGUUCACGGAAUUAUUGGAACUCCCCAGAUGUGGAAGCAGAAAUCGUCCUUGGCUUGGCGCCUUGGCCCAACUUACCUAUUUGAAGAGGCCAUUUCUUCAGACACGGUUGAAGUCAUUUACCAACUGGGGCCAAACUAUUUGGGAAACUUUCAGUCGGUUCAUUUGCCUGUGAGUGAUUUGACCAGCACACCAGUGCCUUCAAUACUUGUGGCCGAGGAGAAAGUAUCCUUUGGGAUCAACGUUAUCUCUUCCGAAGUGAUGACCAUAACAGAUAUACGGAAGACAUUCAAUGAAGUGGACAGCAGAUUAAUCUCAAGUGAGUUGGGGAUUUCUUCGCGAGAUGACGCGAUGCCCAUUGUCCUGGUGAAAAACACUGCCAGCCAUCUCCCCGGGUCAGCCCGCACUAUCGGCGCGGCUCUUGCAUGCUUCUCUGGAGUCAGAACAUUUGUUUCCAGUCCUGCUGCCAACUGCUUACAAUUCCUCGGUGGUCCUGCUGUGAUAUUAGGCCUGGUUGCCAUGGCGUCUGAUGAUGGUGAAAUGUAUGCAGCUAUUAAAGUUCUGAUUUCCGUUCUGAAUGGCAGUACGCUCUGCGAAAGGGAGAUGCAACGUAUUAAAGGCUACAGGCUGUUGGCGCUGCUACUUAAACGGAGAGCACGGCUUCUGAACGCCAGGAUCUUCCAGCUGGUCCUCACCAUAGUUGGCACGGUGGAACUAGGCCGUGGAACGUCCACAAUUCACAACCAGUCUGCUUUCAGGGACCUGCUCUGUGACUUUGAGAUUUGGUCACAUGCUCCUGAAAAACUCGACCUUCUGCUUCUUAGACACUUAAUGGAUCUUCUCAAAAGCAGUGAUGGAGGCAGAAAUGCAGCAGUGAUGCACAGGCUCCAGGUGGCACAGAGACUUGUAUUUCUCCUGAAUGAUCCAAAUAAUACCAGAACCAAGGUUCAUCUCAUACAAACUAUCCUUGCAGAUCUGCUGAAAAAUUGCUUCAGUAUAACAGAUUUUCUCAGGAUUGGCCUAUUUCUCACCUACACUUUGCCUCCAGCGUCCAUGAGUGAGACGUUUAUUUCACUGGAGAGAGUUUCCGAUACUUCAAUAGAUGUCAUAAAUCAAGUUAGUGGAAGAACGAUAUGGUUAAGAAAUCAGCUGUUGAAGAUGCUGCUGGAUGUAUCGUGUGUUGAUCACCUCACCCUCAGUGCAAGAGACCGGGAGAAAAUGUUCACAUCGCUGGGGCCAGAUUGGUUCUUUCUCUUCUUGCAAGAUCAUCUCCACCCGACCACGGUGAUCCUGAGCGCCAGACUGAUGCUGAGUUUCCUGUACGAUCCCACGCUGCUGGCCAAGUUCAGAGACGGCGUGGCGGGGAAUGUCUGGCUGGGAAACAGCACGGCAGACUGUAAUAUCUUAAUGGACAAUAUCAAAUCUUGCAUGCCUGCCUGUAGUAAGUCACCGUGCAUAAUACCCGGACUGGAAAUGAUUCAAAUCUUUCUGAAUCGGCACAUGGCCAUACCUCAGAUCCACAUUAUCCUGGCUGCAUUGGUCUUACACAAGCCACUUGUUGAGAUGCCAGAAGUCUGGGAGGUGGACCUCGACACAAUGAUUUCUUGGCUUCUUGAACAAGUCAGACCUAAUCCAAGAGAAAAGUCGACAAAACUCCCUCCUGGAUUGUGCAUUGAAGCUGCUUUGAUGCUGCUGAGGAUGAUGAGAGCCAUAUUGAACCUGCCUCCCUCAGGAAGUGACAGCUCAUGGGACGUCACCUACCCAGGCAGCGUGAUACAGUUCUUCACCCGUGCUUAUCACAUGUUCUCCAGUGACCCUCUCUGGAAGUCACCAGAGUUCCUGCAGGCAUUGGCUGCUGCUGCGUUCCAUGUGGAUCAACCUCCUCGUCACACGGUUGAUUGGGGACUGCUGGUGCAGGAGAAUCCAAGCUGUAACGCUGAGACUCAGCUCCACCCCGCCCAGAAGCAAGUGACGGAAUUCAUUCACACUCUCCUUUUGGACAGCUUGUUGAACACACCUGCAAACAAACUGCUGCAUCCGGUGGAGAUACUGGUCGAGAGCUCACCAGCAAAUGCAACUGAAGAACAGAGGAAGUCAUUCCAGACGGCAAUGUUACUCUUCAUCAUGGACAUACUGCGCAACAUCACCGAGGCAUAUCCAAUGAUCAAGCCCAUGGUCAGAGAUGUAGGUCCGAGUCAGACACAAGGCACAGCUGAUGGAAGCUUCGUCACGCUAUUUGGCAACAUGACCUAUUUCAGCCAACGGAUUGUGGACAAGUUGUAUGCCAGAAUGUUUCAUGUCAACCCUGAACAGAUCCUUCGUUUCCUAACCAGACAGAUUUGUAAGUUAAUGGAACUGAUUUACUCGCAGAAGGACCAUGUAGUGAGCAGCCUUUACAGCAGUCUUAACAGAGCAGUCCUCUACUGCCUCUCAAGGCCUCGCCAGUCACCUGCGGACCUGCAGCAGUUGCUGUGUACCUUGAAGUUCCUGCAGGAAGAAUGGGACGUCAUCUUUGCAACCUUCAACUCCAGUUUGCCAUUCACCAUUUGCCUUAUCCACUGCCUUUGUCAGGUUAAAACCGGAAACUAUCCCGAUGGCUUUGGAGUGGGGACCAGCAGCAAAAAGGCAUCCUGGAACUUACAGGUGGCAUCAAACCAUGAGCAAUAUGAUGGGUCCUUUGAGCCGAUGCAUAUACAUGAUGGUAAGAAUUGUCUGUUCAAAUUCAUCAGGUCUAAGUCUAAUGGGCUUGCCGAUUUGUUUCGGCGACUGCCGGCAUCAUUGACUGACAUAUCAGGUCACCGAAAAAUUCCCAGCGGCGCCAGUGAGAAGAUGGUUGGCAUAUCGGAAGUCUCCCCCCUAUGGGAAGAAUCGGCAUCCAAGGCAUGGCUUCAGUUUAUAGCUUCGGAGAAGAAGAAUAUCUCAGGACAGCUUCAGCAGAACAAAACGGAAUGGUUCUCUGAGAGCCUGUCGUCAGCCGUGCGUUUAGUGGGAAAGCGUCUUUCAAGAGAACCCGACGAUGUGACUGUCAAGGAUUUCACCAUCAGAAUGGACGAGCAAAGGAAAACUGGGCAGGAAGUGUUUGCCAGCCUCCACAUUGACCACAUACAGAUGCAGAAGUGCGUUGUGAGCCUCGCAGCCAUGGACUGGGCCAAAGUUGAAGAGCAGCUGCUGCAAGAGCGGGGCUUGUGGGGGCCAUCAUCAGGGCCACAGCAGGGGGCUUGCAUCCUCGACAUGGCUGAGGGGCCAGGGCGAAUGAGGAAGAAGAUGAGACGACAAACCAUUUGCAUCAAGUAUCCUCCGGAUGCGAGUCGUAGCAAAGAGGCCAAUCGUGAAUGUGUGUUCUGUGCAGCUGGGGAGAGUAACAUCGAUGAACAAGGCAUUGACUGCAACCAGCUGACGUUCUUCCCUGCACUUACUGAGAGUGUCCAGUCUGAGGAGUUCUUCGAGCAGUGUGCGGAGCGGCAGGCCAUUCUCCAGGCACUGGUUGACAAGGAGAAGAUCAACAUGAAGGUGUCCCUCAUCAUCACUGAAGGCUCACUGUUGCUGGAAGGUGUCCUGCUCUUUGGACUAAAUCACUUCUACAUCUGUGAGAAUUUCACACUGUCAUCUUCUGGUGAUGUUUACUGCACCAAACACCAUCCCUCAAGCAUCAACGAUCCCUACAUUUAUGACAUGUGCAACAAAGAGGCUGGUGGGAAAAUUCCCAAAUGUUCCCGAUAUUCCUGCGGCGAUGUUCACGAAAUUCACCAUCGUCGAUUCCUCCUUCAGGAUAUUGCAUUUGAAAUCUUUUUAAAGGGUGGAUUUUCAAAGUUCCUUAUUUUCCAUAAAAAUGAUAAGAAAAACGUCUUAAAAAAAUUCUACAACAUGAUACCCGCUAUAAAGAAAGGAAAUCCCGAUAGCUCAAGGAACCUGGGAAAAAAACUGGUGGAGAAAGGAAUAAUCCAGAAGUGGCAGAAAGGAGAGAUGAGCAACUUUGAGUACCUGAUGUACCUGAACACCAUGGCUGGGCGCACAUACAAGGACCUGAUGCAGUACCCCGUCUUCCCCUGGAUCCUUGCUGAUUACCACUCAGAGGAGUUGGAUCUCACCAAUGCCAGGACCUUCCGAGAUCUCUCCAGACCCAUGGGUGCGCAGACAGAGGAGAGGAAAGACAAGUUCACCAAGAGAUACUUUGAAAUCGAUAAUGAUGGGGACCUAUCCGCAAGAUGUCACUACUGCACUCAUUAUUCCUCAGCAAUUAUUGUUGCUUCCUACCUGGUCCGAAUGGAACCGUUCACAGAGAUCUUCUGCUCACUUCAGGGAGGGAAUUUCGAUGUGGCAGACAGGAUGUUCUUCAACAUGAAGAAGGAGUGGGAAUCAUCGUCCAGGGACAACAUGGGUGACGUGAGGGAACUGACUCCCGAAUUCUUCUAUCUGCCCGAGUUCCUGGUCAACCACAACAAGCUGGAGUUUGGUUCCACGCAGGAUGGGACUACGCUGGGGGAUGUGAUUCUUCCUCCCUGGGCAAAAGGAGAUGCUCGAGAAUUUAUCCGUCUGCAUCGCACGGCUUUGGAAUGUGACUAUGUCUCCGCACACCUCCAUCACUGGAUAGACCUCAUAUUUGGUUACAAGCUGAAGGGUCCAAAUGCCGUUGAAGCAGUCAAUGUUUUCCAUCCCUAUUUCUACGAUGAGCUGGCCGAUCUCAGUAACAUCGACGACCCAUUGAAAAAGGAUACUAUCUUAGGAUUCGUCAAUAACUUUGGCCAGAUUCCUAAACAGCUUUUCAAGAAAGCUCAUCCAGCCCGGAUCAACCAAGCCAGGCAUUGGUCAGGGAAGGACCACCUCCUGCUUGCCUCCACCCAGCCUAUCUUCUACCACCUGGAGAAUCUGAAGCCCUCUGCUGCUCCAGUGACAGCUUCACUUGGUGGACCCGUCGGACAGAUCGCACUCACUGAGAAGGGAGUUGUUGCUGUUGAGAAGAAUACAACACUACUGCCUCCCCACGGCAAUAAAACAUUCUCCUGGGGCCACGACGACUUCAGCUGUUCCCUGGGUAACUACGGUACUGACAAGGGCCAAGUGGUGUUUGAAUGCAUGUCAGACUGGGGACAGUGCCUAUGUGCGGUGUGUCCCACCCCGGCCAAGGUUAUUACUGGCGGGACCAGCACUGUCAUCUGUGUAUGGGAACUAUUGUCCAGCAAAGACAAAUGGAAAAGUAUGGUGCUAACAGAGGUUCUCCAUGGCCAUACGGAGGCUGUCACCUGCCUGGCUGUCAGCUUGACGUACAACGUGAUUGUGAGUGGGUCGUGUGACGGAACCUGCAUCAUCUGGGACUAUAAUACCAUGGUCUACCUCAAUCAACUCCAACAUCACCAAGCCCCAGUCACCGCCCUCUCCAUCAACAAUACAACUGGGGACAUUGCCUCCUGUGCGGGGACAUGUCUCUACCUGUGGACCCUGAAUGGCCAGGCAGUCGCCAAUAUCAGCAUGACCACCGAGCUGUCGAAGGUGAUCCUGUGCUGUUGCUUCACGGAGAUGCAUGAAUGGGACGAUCGCAAUGUUGUUAUCACGGGAUGUGCUGAUGGAACAGUGCAGCUAUGGAAGACAGCGUUCACAAGAAUACAAGGGGAACACACAGCAUCUCAGCACACCAGUACAGACAAACAUGCGGAUGGGCGGUGGGAGCGGCAGCUCGUGCUUUGUCAGGAGCUGAGGCGGAGCAGCGGGCCGGGGAACAGCCCCGCCAUCACCAGCUUGGCUCUCUCCAGAAAUCACACCAAGCUCUUUGUUGGUGAUUCGUGGGGCAGUGUGUACACUUGGUCUGCUGAAGGCUGAAGCAAAGACUGCGGGCAGUAGGUCAGUGACAGAGGAUCCAUGAAGGAAGUGUGGCUUCUAGUGACAAUUUACACUUAUCCCAAGCCAAUUAACCUGCAGUGCUGCACGUCUUUGGAGUGUGGAAGGAAACUGAAGAUCGGUGAAAACCCCCGCAGGUCACGGGGAGAGCGUACAAACUCCAUGUCGGGAUCGAACCCGGGUCUCUGGCGCCACGAGGCAGCAACUCUAUCGCUGCUCCACCGACAAGCCAUUUAUAAACGUAACGAGUCAUCUUUCCGCUCAAGAUAUCUGUUAAUAAUCUUCUUUCCAUUCGUAAGUAAUUAGGAAUGAUACACUUGGCCAUGUUUUGCAUUGUUAGGUUGUUUUGGGUUAAUAUGCAAGGAUAAAUGGAAACAGACUACAGGGUAAUAGUUUGUGAUUCAAAAAUCACAAACCGCAAAAUCUCCAGUAAAGAACUAAGUGAUCUUGAGUCUGAAUCCCCAUCCUGUUUGUGUAAACUCUAUUUCACCAUCUCUACAUGUAGGAUGGCAGUAAACAAACAUCUCUUGUGAAGCAGAUACUGGGUGUGAUAUUACAGUGUAUAUAUGUAUUUGUGUGAAGAUAUCAGGUCAGGUAUCUGACGACGGACUCCCAUCAAAUCUUGUUUACUUUCCAAAAUAAACUUUAUUACGUACAAUACCAAAGAACAGUGCAAGACUGCCUUUCUUACUGAAUGUUAAAUGUACUUGUUGCCAGCUUCCUUUGUGGUUUUAGAAUGGGGAGGAAUAAGAAAGGUAAUGAUGUCAACUUGCAUCCCACCUUACCCACUCGUCCCCGCUCUGCCCCAGCUACGUAUUGUCCUGGUCUACAUUCCCUUGAAGAUCUCCUUGGACAGCACGGUGGCGCAGCAGUAGAGUUGCUGCCUUACAGCGCCAGAGACCCGGGUUUGAUCCUGACUAUGGGUGCUGUCUGUGUGGAGUUUGUACGUUCUCCACGUGACCUCGUGGGUUUUCUCCAGGAGCCCCGGUUUCCUCCCACACUCCAAAGAUGUGCAGGUUUGUCGGUUAAUUGGCUUCUGUAAAUUCUCCCUAGCGAGCAGGAUAGAAGUAGUGUAUCAUUGGUCUCCAAGGGUCUCGACCCGAAACGUCACCCAUUCCUUCUCUCCAGAGAUGCCUCCUGUCCUGCUGAGUUACUCCAGCAUUUUGUGUUUAUCUUUGGUUUAAAGCAGCAUCUGCAGUUCCUUACUGCAUCAUUCUCACAUAUCCCGACAUUUAAGAAACAGUUAGACAGGUACAUGGAUAGGACAGGUUUGGAGGGGUAUGGGCCAAACGCGGGCAGGUGGGACGCAUGUAGCUGGGACAUGUUGGGUCGAAGGUCCUGCUCCCAGAUUGUAUCACUCUAAAUGUGUUUUCAUCGCCAGUUUAUCCUAACACAGUACUUUGUGCCGCUGGAUUCCCUAUGUGGGAAAAGUAAGGCUCAUAAGUUCUCCAAUUGGUAAUGGAGGAGACCACAUCUGGAACAUCUGGUGCUGAGCAAGUAUUGGUUGUGAUCAGGUGAAUUUCAUCCAUACAUGUCUCGGCCAUCUUCCCACUAGUUGCUAAUCGAUCUGGAGGUAGUUGUGACUGCAGUACAGAAUCCAUUGAUGGGUGGGUGAGAUGUGCAAAACCAAAAGGGCACAAAUUCUUGGCACAGAUAUUCCUGAAACGCACAUUCCAACUUGCGGUGAAACUCAACUUUGACCAUAAACACUUUAUAAAUAUAAAUCCGUUUCCUGGAAUAUGGCACAAACACAGAUGGAAAGAAUGGAAAUUUUGAAUCAGCUCAGACGGAUUUACAGUGGCAACGAAACCACACAUCAUGCCCACAAACGCUACGAGGGGCAGGGUGGAAUGUCCAGCCCACAGCCCCAUCUUGGAGGGUGUUAGUUAGUUUAGUUUAUUGUCACGUGUACCGAGGUAGAGUGGAGGUUUAUAGGGCAGUUUAUUUACCCAAUCUUCUGUUUUGUUUCAUUUUAGUUUAGUUUAGAUAAGUGGUACAGCAAGGACACAGGCCCUUCAGCCCACCGAGUCCAUACCGACCAGCGAUCCCCAUUACACUCGCACACACUACACA